AUGUUAACAUCAAUUCUGAUAACAUGCUGUUUCUUUGCUGAUUUUUGUUUGGGCCAAUCUGGAUUUUCAGAAAUAACUGCAGUUUUUGAUGAGUUCGGAAGUGGGAUUAUGUCAGCUGAUGAAGGCAUAUUGUUUGAGACGCCAAGGCACUUUGGAGCACAACUAAAAAUGGCAGCUCCAUCACGACCUGGUGAGCCGGUAAUUACAGUGGAAUAUAAUACAAGAGAAGUGAAAGAAUUAGCGGCGUUGGUGGCAUUAGCAACAGAUAUUUAUAAUCAUCGAUUUACGGUGGUAAAGAUCUGGGACGAAGAUCGAGUCAGACUCAAAUUAAAGGCGAAACUUUACAAAUUGAUGCGACACAUAAGGGCUUUAAUGUGUCCAUACUCUCCUUGUUCUUACGGAGUUUGCUCUAUAAAACUUCUAUAUGAUAUGGCAUUCAGUGUUCAAGAGGCGAUGAAUGAAAUGUCAAGUGCGUGGGCAUAUAUCAUUUCAAACCAGCCAUCGAUUAUUGACAUACCAGAAAAUAUUCUUCAAGAAAUAGAUAGAAUUGACAAUGCAGAUGAAAUAGCUGCGGAUCAUAUGUUGCAACAGCCUCCAGAUCUAGCGCAACAAAUUGAGGAAUGGAGAAUGGAGAUGCUUUUAACAGCAUUUGGAUACAAAUAUUUGAGCAAUUACCAGCCCUUUGCCUUAAAUCCGUUUGAGUAUGCUUUUGUGAAAGGUGUUUAUCAGAUACUUGUGGAAAAGAAUGAAAAUAAUGAAUACGUUGAUCCUAUACAAACAGUUUCUAAAUAUGUUUUGCAAUGCAACUGUUACAGUGGAUUUUUUGGUUCUGAUUGCACUGCCUGUGCCUGUUCCGACCAAAGUGAAAAAGAAUGAUUGUGAAAUGUUUUUCAAUUUUAUUUUUCAAAUAUAUAUGACAUAGUUAUUAUUUAUUAAUCACAUUUUCACAACUUCUUCCUUCAUACAUCAUCUUACAACAGACUCUUCGAAAAUUGCUUGUUUAUUACACAUUCAGAAUUUCGCAAUGACAAUUCUAUCGUCGGACUAGUGGCGAUAUACGACAACAGGAUAAUAUGCAAUUUGUUGUGUAAUUAUCAAUUAAAUAUUUAUUUGUGUUUUUUUGUGCGACCACCUCAGUCGUAUUAAAUUACAGUAGAGUAAUUUAAAAUAUUCUAGACCACUCAAAUCUUCACAGCCGUAAUCUAUAUCUUCCGAGUCAUGUUGUUUUUCAGAAAUAACUCUGUUUUGAUUGGAAUUCUCAUUUUGCAAUCACCUUGGUCUGGGAUGGCGACCAACCUCUUUUGAUUUGCCGCUAAAAUAUUGUA